AUGGCGAGGCCCGGGGUGUCCGGAGCACGGGGAUCAAGGUUCCUCCGGCGGCGGCAGCAGCUGCAGCAGUUCCAGCUCCGCCGCGCGUCCGCGCCUCCACACUCACUGCCCGCAGCGCGCGCCGCCGCCGCCGCCGCCGCCGCCCGCCCCAACGGUCCCUCAACGGCCGCCGCGCGCGCCCCGCCUCGCUCGGCCCCGCCCCACCCGGCCCGCGCGCCGCCACGUGCCCGCGAAUCUCUCGUCCCCACCCUGCACAGGAACUGGAUUUGCCGCCGGGCGCGCGCGCGCUCGCUCCCGCCGCCGGACUACUUUCCCUCGCCGCGCGCCCCGCCUCCCAGGCCCACUUCACUUUCCUCGGCGGAGGAGCACCGCUCGGCGGUGCGUGACGCGUCCCUCUGUGAGCCGCGUCACUAUUGGGCCUGGCCCAUGGAGGAAAUGAGAGCGUGGCGCCCAUUGGUCCGACCUUCCCUGCAAUGCGUCAAACUAGGGCGAGCCACUGCAAGGUGGUGGUGGGUGGUCAAGGUGAAGCCCCACAACAAGGACACCAUAAUGAAAUACCACGAGUGCAACAAGAUCGUGAAGCAGAAGGCCUUUGAGCGGGCCAUCGCGGGUGACGAGCACAAGCGCUCCGUGGUGGACUCGCUGGACAUCCAGAGCAUGACCAUCGAGGAUGAGUACAGAGGACCCAAGCUUGAGGAUGACAAAGUGACAGUCACCUUCAUGAAGGGGCUCAUGCAGUGGUACAAGGACCAGAAGAAACUGCACCGGAAAUGCACCUACCAGGUAAUGCACCUGUCAGGUACCGGGCACCCGGGAACCCUGGGAUGGCCUCACAGCACUGCCAGCCGCGGGCACUGAGCAAAAUGACAGGAGAAGGGCAGCCACCACAGCCAACACCAAACAAGAGUCGUGGUCAUUAUGGAUUGGCAGUAAUCCCUCCCAAUAUUCAGAUACAAUAGACUAUCUCUACA